AUGGACGCUUCUGGGACCAGCAUCGACCCUGACAAAGUCUUGUUCGGCUCGAAAAGUGUCACGAAACUUCCUGACGAAAUCAAAAGACUAGGCAACUCCUCACCACUCAUACUCACCUCGAAAGGAAGAAAUGGAGUUGCGCAUGGUCAACUACUGGCCAAGAUUCUAACCGAUGCCUCAACAACUCCAGCCGCAAUCCUGAAUACAGCAGUGAUGCAUACUCCCAAACCUGUCACAGAAGAAGCACUCGAACGGCUCAAAUCUCAAGCUGCCGACUGUAUUGUAUCCAUUGGUGGAGGCUCUGUCAUUGGGUUGGGCAAAGCUUUGUCUAUUCGUACUGGACUCAAGCAUAUCUGCAUACCUACAACAUACUCUGGCAGCGAGAUGACACCCAUCCUUGGCGAAACCGACAAUGGUCGAAAAGUCACUCGCUCGGAUCCAAAGAUUCUACCUGACUUUGUCAUAUAUGACGUUGAUCUCACGAUGUCGUUGCCAGCGGCUGUUUGCUCGUGCUCAGGUGUGAAUGCAAUGGCCCAUGCGGUCGAGUCUCUGUACGCCGUCAACACCACACCAGCCAUCUCUAAGCUCGCUCUAGAAGGUAUCAAAGGGCUAGCAGAAGCACUUCCGGAAAUCGUUCAGGAUCCAACCGAUCGGUCUGCCCGCGAGAGAGCUCAACAUGCUGCAUGGCUUUGCGGCGUCUGCCUUGGAUCCUCCGCAAUGGCAUUACACCACAAGCUUUGCCAUACCCUCGGUGGUUCUUUCGAUUUGCCUCACGCCGAAACCCACACGAUCGUUCUCCCUCACGCGGUAGCUUAUAACGCACCCGCCAUCGCUGACACCAUGGAGAAACUUGCGUCGGUAUUGCCUGGCAGUGAAGGUGAUGCGAUCAGAGGGCUAAACGUUCUGCUCGAAAAACUCGAGGUUUCUCGUGCGUUGAAAGACUUUGGUAUGAGAGAAGAGGAUAUAGACAAGGCUACAGAGAUUACAAUGAGCCUGCAGUAUGCCAACCCGAGACCGAUGGAACAAGAUGGGAUUCGUGAGUUGAUUCGCAGGGCAUGGGCUGGCGAGCCCGCGAGAGUUUGA